CAUCAGUUCUCUCCAUAACACCAGCACAAGUUAACAAAAGUUAGCUCUGGAGGUUUCACUCUUCAUUCAGCUAUGUCAGAAGACUCGGAAAUGGCGGUGGAUGCAACGCCUGCUGUAGAAACAGUCCCUCAAACUCAAACGGUCUCGAAUCCUGGACCUAGCACCCAUGACCGUAUCCAAACCCUUACAGACUUCCACAUCCGUCUUCAGUCCAUCCGACAUAUACCUUCGUUACUUUUGAGGCAUCCGUCUGGAUCAUCGCUGUCACACACACCCGAAUUCACCUCUCCAUUCGAUCCAGCCGACCACGACUUUGCAGCUCCAUUCCACACAACCCCGACCCAAGACUUUCGCACCCUAAAAACCAUAGCUGAUGCCCUGCGCUCUGAAAAGCUACAAGAAGCGCUAAAGGUUGCCCGCGAGAGCGAAGACGCAGAUAAAAGCGACCUCGGAUUGUUCCAGAGAGACAGUCGCAAGCGGAAGCGACCACUGUCGCCAGUCGGCUCGCCUCAGCCUUACAUACCGCCGCCGCCACGGACGUCAUCAUUGUUCCCACCUAUUGAGGACGAGCCUUCACGAUUGCGUGCCGAGGGACUGGUAGAAUAUAUUCGAGAAUUCAACAGAGGUGACAUAAAGUUGCCCCCCAGUCCAGGGACCAGUGGAUCAUUCCAACCAAAAUGCAGAAUAUGCCUAUGGUCAAGAACGCGCUCGCCACAAUUCCACCAAUCGAUCAAUGGGCCUCGACCAAAGUUGACUAGUCCCGUUAUCUUGCGAUUUACAAUCGAGGACGUACUUACGGCUUAUAUCUCCCUCGCGUUCACCCGCUUGGAGGAUCCGCUCCUUGUAGAGAGCGUAACUGCCUUUGGUCCCAGAGAGAUGAAGUUGCCCCACAUGCAGUCCGAUUAUCUCGCGUUUCAAGUACUGUCUCAGCAUAUUGCAAAAAUGACACAAUCACAUCCUCAAGUCCCUCUUCAGACGCUUAUUCAUCUCUUGGUAUCUUAUCAGGGCCUUUUUGUUGACCGGUGUGCUAGUUGUGAACGGGUGCUGUCGGCUGAGGGCCAUGUCCCUCCGGCUGGGCGACUAUGGAUUCCUAGGGGUGCUCAGCAACCCAUCGAUCCCAAUACGGACAAAACAGAUGAACCCGAUCCCGGUGUCAUCAUUAACCUAGACGCCACUCCUGCGAGCAGUCGAACUGCAGACCAUCCAGAUGGACAUUGGGAGUCGCGUCAUGUUACUUGUAUGUACAGCUGAUUCAGUAACAUUUUAGGCUUGAGAGACUGCGCGGUGGCUAAUCCAUUCAUUCAUUUUCAUUCCAUUAUGUGGACUGAUUUUUGACAUACGUAAAUUCUGCAGUUAACGGGUUUGGGCUUGACCCUGAAUUCAUUUGGGGGGCAAUAGGACGCAUUGUGUUGUUGAAUUCAAUGACGUUCUUGGAAUAGCGUCCCGCUUGGCUCGGAACAGCGUUCAAAGAGCAUGCUCGCGAUCGUGACAUCUCUGUGACGGACAAUCACUUUUUUUCGAGUGAUGUGUUUUACAAUUCACCGCUUUAUUCGGAGCGGCUUUCAAAGGGUACGGUCAUGGUAUCUCCGUGACGAAUUAUCACCUGCGUUUUUUUCCAAGUUCUUCAAUCCGCUUCCCUUGCAGUUGUCAUCACCAUGACGAAUUGUUAUCUGCGGUUUUUUAUUGCGCAGCGCUGAUGCGGCCACGAUACUAACG